AUGAAGGUGGUCAUCAUUGGAGCCGGAAUUGGUGGAUUGGUGUGUGCAAUUGCCUGCCGUCAAGAAAAUCUAGAAGUCACUGUCCUUGAGCGAGCUUCGGAGCUCGUCCCCGUUGGGGCAGGCAUUCAAAUUCCACCGAAUGCGGCUCGAGUUGCUCGGCGGUUGGGGAUCUUGCAACAACUCGUCGAAAAGAGUGUGGUUCUUGACUCCAUCGAAUAUCUGAGAUACGCAAAUGGGAAACUUGUCUUUAGGAUAGAUGGAGGCAAGAAAAUGGUGGAGAAAUUUGGUGACAAGUGGAUGGUAAUCGCCCGCCCUGAAUACCACCAAGUGUUGUGGGACGCUGCCAAAGAUGCAGGGGUAGAACUUCACCUAGGAGCAGAGGUAGACGGUAUUGAUUUUGACACCACAAGCGCUCGACUGAAAGGAGGCGAGAUCGUCAAGGCGGAUGUCAUCGUCGGUGCAGAUGGGUUAUGGUCUCAUUCUCGAGACCAAUUAUUGGGUACAGAAUCGCCACCGUCUGAGACAGGUGACCUUGCCUAUCGCGGAACCAUAACCCGAGAGCAACUACUAAGACUUGGCGAUCCACGCAUCGAUGAGCUCAUAAACGACCAGUCUGUCAAAUGUUGGAUGGGCCCGGGAAGACAUUGCGUUUUUUACCCACUUGCGGGUGGGAAAUCGUUCAACUUGGUGCUCAUACGACCGGACAAUCUUUCCAAGGAUGUUCGACAAGCCCCAGGCGAAAUAGGGGAGAUGCGGGCUUGUUUUGAGGGUUGGGAUGAGAGGUUGACCAAGAUCAUUUCUUGUGUUCCAUCGGUGCUAAAAUGGAAACUGUGUCAUCACGAAGAACUUGAGUCUUGGACCAAGAACGCAGUGGUACUCCUCGGGGAUGCAUGCCACCCGACCUUGCCAUAUCAAGCUCAGGGUGCGGCAAUGGCUGCUGAAGAUGGAGCUGUUCUUGGCAAGCUGCUAGGCCUCCUGGAUAAAUCUGGACUCCGCAAUACCGGUAACAAGAAGCAGAUGGAGCAAAUGCUGCAGCUGUACGAAUCUCUGCGGAAGACGCGGACUACUACCAACGUGAAAGGUGCGGCCUCGAACCAAAUCUCAUAUCACCUCCCGGACGGGCCACUCCAAAAAGCAAGAGAUGCUACCUUAUCCAGUUCUGGACGUACUCCGUCAGGUUCAGGGUACCAUUUUGCUGAUUGGGAUUACCUACGUUCUAUGCUAUCCUUUGACUCCGUUGAAGAAAGCAUCAACGCCUUUGAGAAGUGGAGUGUCGAACAAACUCCAAGCUCGGGAGGGUCCAAAACCUCUACCAGACUGUGA